GUGUUUAAAUAUCCACAUAAAGUAUGCACUCGGCGCAGAAAGACACCACCUUCACCAAGAUCUUUGUGGGAGGUCUUCCUUAUCACACAACAGACUCGAGUCUCAGGAAAUAUUUCGAGGUGUUUGGAGAUAUCGAGGAGGCUGUGGUCAUCACUGAUCGGCAGACGGGGAAAUCCAGAGGUUAUGGAUUUGUGACCAUGGCAGACCGGGCCUCUGCUGACCGAGCCUGCAAAGACCCAAACCCCAUUAUAGACGGCAGGAAAGCCAAUGUGAACCUGGCCUACCUUGGGGCCAAGCCCAGGGUCAUACAGCCAGGAUUUGCAUUCGGCAUGCCUCAGAUCCAUCCAGCAUUCAUCCAAAGACCUUAUGGGAUCCCUGCCCACUAUGUCUACCCUCAGGCCUUUGUUCAGCCCAGUGUGGUGAUCCCUCAUGUACAACCCUCUGCUACUACGACAACAGCUGCUGCAGCAGCCACUUCCCCAUACCUUGACUAUACUGGAGCAGCAUAUGCCCAGUACUCUGCGGCUGCUGCCACUGCUGCCGCUGCUGCUGCUGCUUAUGAGCAAUAUCCGUAUGCGGCCUCACCAGCACCGACAGGCUACAUGACUACAGCAGGGUAUGGGUACGCAGUCCAGCAGCCACUCGCCACUGCUGCCACUCCAGGAGCUGCUGCCGCCGCCGCUGCCUUCAGCCAGUACCAACCUCAGCAGCUCCAGACAGAUCGCAUGCAGUAAAACAUGAAAACUACCUUAGAGGAGGAACGCAGUUGAGGUUAUGGGCUCCCAUGAGAAGGGC